AUGAGGAAGGAGAUUUUGCCGCCGGUGUCAACCACCACCGUUAAAUUCCUCGUCUGUUUCGAGAGGAAACCACUGGUUGCUACAUUGCUAGCUCUCUCUCUCGUCAUGAUUAUCUGGAACCUUCCUCCUUACUACCACAGCCUCAUCUCCACCUCUCGCCCCUGCUCCGCCGUCACCACCGCCACACUCUCCUCAACUUCGUCGGCGGCGAAUUUCACCACCUCACUCUCUUCCACACCGGCGACAGCUUCUCAGAAGUACGAUUCGAAGCCCUCAGAUCCGAACAAACGCGUUUUCCAGCCGUUCGGAAACGCGGCGGCGCUUUUCGUCCUCAUGGGAGCUUACCGCGGCGGUCCGGCGACGUUCGCCGUCGUCGGACUCGCGUCGAAGCCGAUCCACGUCUUCGGGAAGCCGUGGUACAAGUGCGAGUGGCUAUCAACCAACGGAACCUCGAUUCGAGCUAAAGCGGUGAAGAUUCUCCCCGAUUGGGGUUACGGGCGAGUCUACACCGUCGUCGUCGUCAAUUGCACAUUCCAAUCGAACCCAAACGCCGACAAUUCCGGCGGCAAGCUAAUGCUCAACGCCUACUACAACGAAUCCCCGAGACUCUUCGAGCGAUUCACGACGCUCGACGAAUCCGCCGGAUCCUACGACGAGUCCAGAUUCUCUCCGCCGUAUCCGUACGAUUACCUCUACUGCGGAUCGUCUCUCUACGGCAACGUGAGCUCGUCGCGCAUGAGGGAGUGGAUCGCUUACCACGCCUGGUUCUUCGGAGACAGAUCGCAUUUCGUCUUCCACGACGCCGGUGGAGUUUCGCCGGAGGUUAGGGAGGUUCUCGAGCCGUGGAUUCGCGCCGGGAGGGUCACGCUUCAGGAUAUUCGGGAUCAGUCGCAGUACGAUGGUUACUAUUAUAAUCAGUUUUUGAUCGUUAAUGAUUGCUUGCAUAAGUAUCGUCACGCUGCGAAUUGGACCUUCUUCUUCGACGUCGACGAGUAUAUAUAUUUGCCCGACGGGAACACGCUCGAAUCGGUGCUCGCCGGAUUCUCCGAUAACACUCAGUUCACGAUCGAGCAGAAUCCAAUGUCUAGUGUUCUUUGCUUAAACGAUUCUUCUCAAGAUUAUCCCAAGCAAUGGGGAUUUGAGAAGUUGCUGUUUAGGGAAUCGAGAACGAACAUACGGCGCGAUAGGAAAUACGCGAUCCAGGCGAAGAACGCGUUUGCGACGGGGGUUCACAUGUCUGAAAACGUUGUGGGGAAAACGCUGCACAAGACGGAGGCGAAGAUCCGUUAUUACCAUUACCACAACACUAUAACCGAGCACAAGGAGCUUUGCAGGGAGAUGUUACCUGUUUCGGCAAAGAAGAAGAUGACAUUGUACAAGAAGCUUCCGUUUGUGUACGACGACAACAUGAAGAAGCUAGUGAAGACGAUUAAAGCGUUUGAGCAGGAAAAACUCGGGACGAAAGUUGUGGAAAAUUUCUCAUGA